CGGAACUGCGAACAACCAAUAGGAAGUCCCCUAACAACGUCUCAUGAGAGAUUUAACCUCCCCUUCUCUCCCCCUGAGUCUCAGAAAAGAGGCCAAGAAAAGUUAGGGACUCGAGUUGAUAGUGAAAAUGCAUUCUUCAGUCAAGAUCCCCCUCGGUUAAACAAAUGAGUACUUGAGCUCAGUAAAUAUUACCAAGAAGACGACAUUUUGAAAUCAUCGGUUUGUUGCCAUUUAUAUGUCAGAUCAACUGUUCCUUGGCAAUGUUUUCCAGCCCCAGUACGUCCACACCCUUCUCGGUUAAGGAUAUAUUAAACCUGGAGCACCACACUGGUGCUGAGGACCUGGUCUCACUGGACAUCUCUCCACGGAUGGACUGUGCCUUACCGACCUCCUGCAUGCUGGCCCGCCUGAAACAGGAGUCUCUCCGGGAGAUAUCGUCUGGAAGCUCGCUGUUUGGAGAGGAGCUCCAUGGUGUUAAAGCCAACAGAAAUACUGACUUCAACUUCGCCGCUGCCUUUUACGGGAAAUCUUUCUUGGAAAUGGAUAUCAAGGAUGGGAAGACGGACAGCUUGGAGGGGAAACACCGAAAAGACAUGUCCUACAUCUCUCAGAGCGAGCCGGUGGAGGACCUGAAGUCAGAGGACCCGGAUCGACCCGCCAAACCCCGGAAGCGCAGGAAGCCGCGCGUGCUGUUUUCACAGGCGCAGGUGUAUGAGCUGGAGCGUCGCUUCAAGCAGCAGAAGUAUUUGUCGGCUCCGGAGAGAGAUCACCUGGCCGGGGUGCUCAAACUGACCCCCACACAGGUCAAGAUCUGGUUCCAGAACCGCCGCUACAAGUGCAAGAGACAGCGACAGGACCAGAGCCUGGAGAUGGUGGGUAUCCCGCCGCCGAGACGCAUCUCAGUCCCAGUGCUGGUCCGAGACGGGAAGCCCUGCCUUGGAGACUCGACGACCUAUAAUACUUCAUAUAAUAUGGGCCUCAACCAUUUCACUUAUAACAGUUACCCAGCGUUCAGUAAUUAUCCCAGUCCUGGCUGUAAUAUGAACCAUGCGUGUAACUAUCCCACCACUGCGGUGCAGUCAAUCCAGCCCUCACAAAACAACGGGAAUUACAUGAACUUCGGCGUGGGAGAGUUAAAUAACGUUCCAAACACGUUUCCGUCCGGCAAUGGAGUGUCUUCUUUACAUGGAAUCAGAGCGUGGUGAACGAAGGAUCGGAAUAUAACAUUAUCAUCAGACAAAUUCAUGAUGUUUUAAAUUGCAUGCGCUUUUACGCAAUGGACUCAUCGGCCUCGAGUGUUGUUAUGUUCUCGUUAUAUUCCAUUUACUGUACUUCGACUGGCAAACUAUUGAUGCAUAAACUCAGUUCAUUUUAUUUGUACUACUAGUUCCUGAGAUGGAAUAGGCAAUUCAUAAUUGUAAAGUUGUAUAAGAGAUGUAGGUUAUUACUUCAGUGGGAAUAAAACAUAUGUAUACAAUUUGUCAGAGGACAUAUUUCCCUCACUAUAGCUCCGUUAUCUUUGAGAUCACUAAUGUACUGUGUGACAAUUAUAUUUGUAGGUAUUUAAUAAUACACGUAUUAUUUGUAAAUAAAGCUUUUCCUGCAUCAAAUUGAUAGGCUACUUCACGUGGGCAGACAACAGGACAUAUUCUGAGUGGGAAAAAAAGUAUGAAUUAAUAUGAACAAACAACUAGAAUGGGAUACAAUUCGAUAUCGCCUGAUUUAUUUCUAUCAUCUUCAAUUGCUUAUAAAUGAUUUCUAAAUAUCAAAUGUAGCCUAUCGACCAAUUAUAAUUUUAGGCCUAUCACUACGAAUUCUAUCGACCAUUAACAAUUUCAAAGGCUAAAUGUAUUAUUACAUUAUAUAUUUAUAUAUAUAUUUUACUUAUAUUACUAUUAUUCUCAAUUAAUCAUGGAUUAGCCUAAUUGUAUUAUUAUCAUUAUUCAUAUACAAUCAUAGCAUACAACUGUUGUCAAAUCAAAGAGGAAAUAAUAUGUUCAAGAUCCCGCAAUCUAUGCAUUUAAAUCAUUAUUAAAUAAAAUCAAUUUGUAUUUGUCACGUACACAUGUUUAGUAUAUUUUACUGAGAGUGUAGCGAAAUGCUUGUGUUUCUAGCUACAACAGUGCAGAAACACUGGAAAACAAAUUCUCCAGUAUUUGUUCUUCAAUUUCACUACUCACUGUUAUACAUUUUGAGCAGGCCUAUCCUAGCAUAUAAAGAUACAGUAUGUCAGUGUGUUUAAUAUUAGGAAAAUCGUCCAUCACUGUAGCCCAUAGUAAUUGCCUUUGUCUAUAGCCAGCACACAUUACAAGUAAUCCAUGUCAAACAAUCUCACCCGCUUUCCGUGCAGCGGUUCAUGUAUGUUUAACGUCAGGUUAAACCCUUCAAGUGGCUAUUAGAGACCUUCAAUCUGCUAUAACCGGAAACUUAAGGUUAUACAAGUAAAAACACAUUUUUACAACGACCAGCCGGUCUCUCCAUAAAACAUGCUUGGAGCAUGUCACGCAAUUUUGACUAAAUAAGAUAAAUAUGUGGUAUUGGGCCUUAGACGGUAUUUGUAUAUAGCCUAAGUCCAUAGUCACGGGAAGUAGUUUGGGGUUGGGUGUGCUGCGAUUUUUUUACUGACGGGGAGAAAAUAAGAAAAAAAAUGUCGCGCUGUCUCGAGAUCGGUCUGCUAAUACAGGACUAGUGAAGGCCCACAUCACUACUUUAGUAACAACAUUUAAACGAGUGUCUGAGUGUUUUCCAGCAUAUGUAAUUUGAGUCUGAUAAUGAUCUGUACAAAAACAGUUCAUCUGAUAAUAUUUGUGGAAUAUAAAAGUACU